CACAAAAAAAAAAAAAGAAAAGAAAAAGAACACAUGACCAUGGAUUUGAUCAACAAGCUAAUGAACGUGGUGGCUCCCCCCAUGGCUUUAGUAGCUCUGUUCCUGUUGGUUCCUCCUCUCUACUUGUAUAAGCUCCUCCUCUCCUUCUUGUACUCGCUCUUCCCCGAGGACUUGACCCACAAGGUGGUUCUCAUCACCGGCGCCUCCUCUGGCAUCGGCGAGCAACUAGCAUACGAAUAUGCGAAGAAGGGGGCGGCAUUGGUUCUCGUGGCGAGGAGAGAAGGGAGCCUCCAAGAGGUGGCGGAGAGGGCGCGGGACCUGGGGUUGCCGGACGUCCUCGUCAUUCCAGCUGACGUCGCCAAGCCCGAGGAUUGCCAACGGUUUGUUGGCGCCGUCAUCGCGCACUUCGGCCGUCUGGAUCAUCUGGUUAACAAUGCGGGCAUAGCGAACGUUUGCUUGUUCGAUGAGGCUCCCGAUGUAACCAAAUUCACACCCGUAAUGGAUGUGAACUUCUGGGGAUCGGUUUAUCCGACGCAUUACGCGCUUUCGCACCUCAAGAAGACCAAAGGGAGGAUCGUAGUGAACUCCUCGGCCUCUGGGUGGUUGCCUUUGCCAAGGCAGAGCUUCUACAAUGCUAGUAAGGCGGCGCUCAUAAACUUCUACGAGACGUUGCGGAUCGAGCUCGGCAACGAGGUCGGAAUCACGAUUGCAACUCCCAGCUUCAUCGAAUCCGAGAUGACGAAAGGGAAGUUCUUAACCAAGGAUGGGAGGAUGGAGAUUAACCAGGAGUUGAGAGAUGCGCAGGUAUGUCUGUUCCCGAUGGAGUACGCGGCGGAGUGCGCGCGGUGCAUGGUGGAGGCGGCGCGGCGCGGGGAGCGGCGGGUGACGGUGCCGGCCUGGUUCCGGGUGCUCCACCUGUGGUGGGUGUUCGCGCCCGAGGUGUUCGACUGGUGCUUCCGCGUGCUCUACGUCGCCCCCCCCGCCCGCGACGCCCCCGUCAAGACGAUCCUCGACCUCAGCAGCGCCAAGGCCGUGCUCUACCCCUCCUCCUCGCACUCCCCCGACAUAAAAAACGAGUAG